GGAGAGAGGACAGGGCUGCCCACCAGCCAGCUGGAGCCGGCCCAGCGCUGAAGGGGUUAAGGCCAGCCAGCAUGUGUGGCUGUUAAUGAUUGCUACCCCCCAGGGACCUGCCACAAUGAAAGACGGAACACAUUUCUACACCCAGUGACUGGCCAGGUCCCGGAAGAAAACAAAAAAUUUGACUUGAAAACAUCGGCCUUGGACAUGUCCAAUAAAGCAGGUGGGAAACGCCCGGCUACCACCAACAGUGACAUUUCCAACCACAACAUGGUGUCGGAGGUCCCUCCAGAGCGGCCCAGCGUCCGGGUGAGUCCAGCCUCCAGGGAAGGCUGUCACUUUGGGGAGCAGUCUCACUGCCCCUCCGUCUGUCUCUCUCCACGUGCUCCGCAGGCCAGCUCCGGGGUCAAGCAAUGGAACAAGCGCUGGUUCGUCCUGGUGGAUCGCUGCCUCUUCUACUACAAAGAUGAGAAGGAGGAGAGCAUCCUGGGCAGCAUCCCGCUCCUGAGUUUCCGGGUGGCCGCCGUGCAGCCCGGGGCCAGUUCCACGCGCUGCCUCUCCCCACAGGCCGAGCACGCCGGGGUCCGCACCUACUUCUUCAGCGCCGAGAGCCCCGAGGAGCAGGAGGCCUGGAUCCAGGCCAUGGGGGAGGCUGCCAGGGUACAGAUCCCCCCAGCCCAGAAGUCCGUGCCCCAAGCUGUGCGUCUCAACCACGAGAAGCCAGACUCGGAGAACACCCCACCCAGCCAACACCACCACCAGCCGCCUCACAACAGCUUCCCCAACCCGGAGCCGGAGGCCAAGACUCGAGGGGAGGGCGAUGGCCGAGGCUGCGAGAAGGCGGAGAGGAGGCCCGAGAGGCCCGACAUCCAGAGCGAGCCUCUGGUGAAAGCCAAUGGCAUCCAAGCUGGGCCGGAACCAGCCUCAGAGCCAGGCAGCCCUUACCCGGGGGCCCCGAGGGUCCCCGGGGGCGGGGAGCGGCCCCCCCAGCCCAACGGCUGGCAGUACGGCUCCCCAAGCCGGCCAGGGAGCACAGCUUUCCCGCCUCAGGACUCAGAGAGUGGGGGACGCCGGCCGAGCUUCCCCCCACAUGCCAACCCCGACAAGAUUGCCCAGCGCAAGAGCUCCAUGAGCCAGCUCCAGCAGUGGGUGAACCUGCGUCGGGGGGUGCCUCCCCGAGACCUUCGGAGUCCCUCUAGGUUCUACCCCAUGUCCCGCAGGGGCCCUGAGUAUUGUGGCCCCUACUCCUCCCCGUUCCCCGACGAUUACCAGUACUACCCGCCGGGGGUGCGGCCGGACAGCAUCUGCUCCAUGCCCGCCUACGACCGCAUCAGCCCGCCCUGGGCCCUGGAGGACAAGCGCCACUCCUUCCGCAACGGGUGCGGGUGGAAGGAGCCCGCCAGCUACGGGCGGCAGGACGGCACCGUCUGGAUCCCCAGCCCCUCCCGGCAGCCCGUCUAUUACGAUGAGCUGGACGCCGCCUCUGGCUCCCUGCGCCGCCUGUCCUUGCAGCCCCGGUCCCACUCCGUGCCCCGCUCGCCCAGCCAAGGCUCCUACAGCCGCACCCGCAUCUACUCCCCCGUCCGCUCGCCCAGCGCCCGUUUUGAGCGGCUGCCGCCUCGCAGUGAGGACAUCUACGUGGACCCCACCGCCUAUGUGAUGAGGCGAUCCAUCAGCUCGCCCAAGGUCCCUCCGUACCCAGAGGUGUUCCGGGACAGCGCCCACACCUACAAGUUAAACGAGCAGGAUACAGACAAGUUGCUGGGCAAAUUGUGUGAGCAGAACAAGGUGGUGAGGGAGCAGGACCGGCUGGUGCAGCAGCUCCGAGCUGAGAAGGAGAGCCUGGAAAGUGCCUUGAUGGGGACCCACCAGGAGCUGGAGAUGUUCGGGAGCCAGCCCGCCUACCCAGAGAAGUUGCUGCAUAAGAAAGAGUCCCUGCAGAACCAGCUCAUCAACAUCCGGGUGGAGCUGUCUCAGGCAACCACGGCCCUGACCAACAGCACCACGGAGUACGAGAGCCUCGAGUCGGAGGUCUCUGCCCUGCACGAUGACCUCUGGGAACAGCUCAACUUGGACAUCCAGAACGAGGUGCUCAACCGGCAAAUCCAGAAGGAGAUCUGGAGGAUCCAGGACGUGAUGGAGGGGCUCAGGAAGAAUAACCCGUCCCGGGGCACAGACACGGCCAAGCACAGAGGAGGCCUUGGCCCCUCGACCACCUACAGCUCCAACAGCCCUGCCAGCCCUCUCAGCUCCGCCAGCCUCACCAGCCCCCUGAGCCCCUUUUCCCUGGUGUCUGGCUCUCAGGGGUCCCCCACCAAGUCUGGGUCCAAUGAGCCCAAGGCAAGCUACGACCCAAGCAAGAGAGAGUCCCACCAGACUUCACCCCCGGACACGUCUAGGGACAUCAGCCUCGUGCCUGCCCGGCAAGAGGUGGAGGCAGACAAGCAGACAGCUCUCAACAAAGUUGGCAUUGUGCCCCCGCGGACAAAGUCACCCGCUGAGGAAGAGAUGACCCCUUCAGGGGUGGUGAGGAGGAAUGCUAACGGGCUCCCCAAUGGCCUCUCUGGCCGGGAGCGCCCCAAGAGCGCGGUGUUCCCGGGCGAGGGCAAGGUGAAGAUGAGCGUGGAGGAGCAGAUCGACCGCAUGCGGCGCCACCAGAGCGGCUCCAUGAAGGAGAAGCGGAGGAGCCUGCAGCUUCCCGCCAGCCCUGCCCCCGACCCCAGCCCCCGGCCAGCCUACAAAGUGGUGCGUCGUCACCGCAGCAUCCAUGAAGUGGACAUCUCCAACCUGGAGGCCGCCCUGCGGGCGGAGGAGCCUGGCGGGCAGGCCUACGAGACGCCGAGGGAGGAGAUCGCCCGGCUUCGCAAGAUGGAGCUGGAGCCCCAGCACUACGACGUGGACAUCAACAAGGAGCUCUCCACCCCCGACAAAGUCCUCAUCCCUGAGCGGUACAUCGACCUGGAGCCAGACACGCCCCUGAGCCCCGAGGAGCUGAAGGAGAAGCAGAAGAAGGUGGAAAGGAUCAAGACGCUCAUUGCCAAGUCCAGUAUGCAGAACGUGGUGCCCGCCGGCGAGGGGGACCUUGUGGACGUGCCCCAGGACUCAGAGAGCCAGCUGCAGGAGCAGGAGAAGCGGAUUGAAAUCUCCUGCGCCCUGGCGACCGAGGCCUCCCGCAGGGGCCGCAUGCUGUCUGUGCAAUGUGCCACCCCAAGCCCUCCCACCUCCCCUGCCUCCCCGACUUCACCAGCCAACCCCCUCUCGUCUGAAUCCCCACGGGGCACCGACAGCAGCCAUGCCAUGCGGGUCUGAGCUCGGACUGCAAGCCCUGGCGGAGGCCACCGCUGCGAAGCUCCACAGAGCCACCUUCUGAAGCCCUGCCACGAGGCCCCGGACCCCUCCCCAGCCCAGCCCCCUGCUCUCCUGGGAAAACUGCGAAGAGCCAGGCUGAGGGCCAGGGCUGCUGUUGAGCAGAGAAUGGAGCACGGAUGCUUCGGCCCCAAAGCCCUCGCUGAUCAGAUGAGGUCCCUCCGGUCCUAAACCUGGGCCUGAGAUGGAGCAGAAAGCAUCCUGUCUGAUGCCCAAGUCACAGGACACCCAGGCCUGAUGGCUGGGGUGGUGAUGGCCCUACUGGAACAUUCCCUGAUGGAGAAGACGCCCUGGUGGGGAAGAUGCUCUGGACCAUCUUAGGUUAGGACGAGAGGUGAGGAGCAGAGGGACACCUGCCUCUUCCCACCCUCCUUGACACCGAGGACAGCACCUGCCUUCAUCCCCUCCCCGUCAGCCCCCACCCCCCUGUGGCCCCCGCUGUGCCCGGGGCUGUGAUCCCUGCUAUGGGUGCCCUUUGCGGUCCCGUGGAGACUAACCACCCUGUCCGAGCCAAAGACAAGAUGACAAGAGAUGGGGCGAGGCGCCUUGGCUCCCCGGGGGACGGGGCAGGCUGGGAUAGAGAGCAGGUCUGGGCAGUGUCUGGGGAGGUUGGGAAGCGGGAGGAGAAGGAAGGGAGGUCCUAGGAAAGGAAGGGAAAGAAGCAGCAGGGCUCAUUCGCAAGUAAGAGGACAGAGAUGGAGAGAGGAUAGGAAUGGUUUCCCGGGGUGAGCCUUAGCCUGGUGCCAAGUCCCGUGCCACACUGUCGGCUUGGCACUUCCCACCUUGUCUCCAGGCCGAUGCCGAGGCCACAGGAGGCCCCAUCAGUGAGCACACGGUGGCCUUCAGCUGAAGUGCUUGGCAUGGGGGUGG